AUGGAACGUAGAAGCCGACUUGCAUAUUUGUAUUUCAUAAAGUACUAUUCAAACUCCACUAAGGGAGAUAAUUCAGCGCUAGUGGAACGGUUCAAUCAAAUCUUGGAUGAAAAACUUUCCGCCACUAGCCUGACAAUCAAUAAGAGUCCUGAGUUUCAAGAAAUAAUAAAAAAAUAUAACUCAGAACAACAAAAGAAUGUUUCAUAUAGGCAACGUAAUCAGCCGAGACUCUCUAUGCUUAAAAAUGAGUCUGCUUUAUCGUAUAACAGACAUGCAAGAGAAUUAGCUGAUCCUGCCUUGACGAGGCCAUGGUCAGGAUCAGAGUCUGUGCACGAUGCUAACUUGAGGAUGCUAGUAGAUCUGCAACCUAAAGCAAAGGUCGUAAACCUAUCUGUUGAGCGAAAGCCAAAAAUAAGCUCAGCUCAAAGGAUUGGAAAUGCAAGAGAGGAUUAUUUGGACUACAAGAUUAAUAAAAAAAAAGAUGAUAAUUUUAAGGAAAUGUAUAAGGAAAAGCUUUUGGGUUUUUCUAUGCUACUCGAUGUUUCGUCGCCACAUACUGCGAUUGGAAUGGCAACUACUUUGGCAGAUACUAGAAUAAAUGCUCAGAUCAAUCAACGAACUGGAACUUUUGAUCACAAGUCGAUGGAGAAUGUUAGGGGAAAGCCUUUAAGCAAGGAGCACCUAGCUAAUUGUAUGGACAGUAAUUAUUUCAUGAAUCAAAUUUUGACUAAACAAGAAGUUCUUCCGCCAUGGAUCGAGAGUCAACAAGGAAUCAAUAGAGAAAUUAAUGGCUUUAGAAAAGUAUUAGAUAACAUCUGGUAUAAAUCUUUUUUUCAACUAAUUGAUAUUGAGAAAUAUUCAAAGGAGGAAAUCCUAGCACAGUUCAGUACUAUCGACAAAUCUUCUUUAUAUGAUUUGCUGACGUUAAAUGUUCAACGACCAUAUUUGCAGGAAAAAUUAAAAUUAGUUAACAACUCUAUUCGAUCAUAUAACUUGCAGUCUCCAUCUUCUAGCCUCCAUAAAUUUAAAUUAGAUUUAGACAAAGAAAUCGGCAGUCUGUUUGAUAGGGCCAUAUCUAAUCUAAAUUACAGAAUCAAUGAGAUAUUCCGGGCGAGAGAGGAACGGAAGACUUCAUUAUUUCAACAUAAGGGAACCAGUAUGUUUGAUCUAUUUUCUAAUUAUUCAGCUCGUGGUUCUUCUAUUGGAACCGGCGAUUCUGUGCCUCAACGAAAAUUCGAUAAAGUUGACCUUUGGAGCUCAUUCAAACAAAUGUUCAAAGAGAUUUAG